UCAUAAAUCGUGGCCUCUGAAGUGGCCUCAAACCAUAGAGUUAGAUAUAGAUAUCUGAAAUAUUUUGCUGGACAUAAUGUUGUGGUUCAACCCUAUGAGGUAGAUAAUUUGGGGGGAGGGGGUAACCUUUUGAUCAUUAAUGACACUCAGUUUAUAGGAUUUUACCAAGGUGACACGGGUACAUUCAACGUAGCUAUAUUAGGGUAGGAAAGUUCAUAACAUCUUAUAUUACUGUAUACCACACGUUAUAUUAAUGCUACAACCAACAGUUAUUUUCAUUAUUGAUUAAUCUGCAGAUUAUUAUCGGAAUUAAUCAUUUUUCUAUGAACUAUCAGAAAAAAGUGAAAAAUGCUUGUUACAAUUUCCCAGAGGCCAAGGUGAAGUCUUCUGAUGUCUUGUUUUGUCUGACCAACAGUCCAAAACCCAAAAUAUUUAACAGGCAGACAGAUCCGGCUCUAGAGCGUCACAUAGAGGAGGUGUGGACAGAGCGGGUGUCCAAAGAGCCGUGGCUUUUCAAUGGGGCCAAAUUCAGACUACACUCUUUGUGCUUGGCCUCCCCUAAGUAUCCCUCAUCAUCCUGUGCUUCUCCUAAACAUUCGCCCUGCACUCAUUCAUCCAAAGCACCCUCCUUAGACUGUGUGGAGGAUCAGGAAGACAAAUUAUCUAGCAGACAGAGACAGGAGGAAAUGUAUGACACUGAUCCUCUGCAUGAUGCUGCUCAGAACAGUUUGGACCCAAGAAACAGGGCUAUAAAUCAGACAGAAAAUGUAGAGGCUGUCAUCCAACAGGCAGCUAGUUCACUGGAACAAACUUCCUCUACUUGUGGAACAACUGAACUUCUGUCACACACUGAUAAAAACAUGGAUGAUCGGGACACUGGGCCGCUCCUCACUCUGAGACUUGGCCUUACAUGCUACAAGGACUACCUGGGAACCAACUGGUCGUGUCGAGUGGCAGAGCUCUGUCAGCGUGGAGAGGCAGAGUUCAGCGAUCCUCUGGCGCUGCUGGCUCAGCCUCUGGGUGUGGGAGCCGUCCUGUGUACAGAUGAUGGACAGCUAGUGUUGAUCAGGAGGAGCCAGACGGUGGCGGAGGCAGGGGGGCUCCUGGACAUCCCUGGAGGUCACCCAGAGCCGAAGGUGGUGUGUAAGGAGGUGAGCAUGGUCGUGAUGCAGCAGAGGCCAGAGGCUGUCGUCUCUGAGCUGUUCUCGUCUGUGUGUGCUGAGAUCAGAGAUGAGGUGAAUGUUCCUCUGAGCCGCCUCGGAGAGCCUAUCCUGAUGGGUGUCGCUCUGAAUCACACCAGCGCUGGACGACCAAGCGCCGAGUUCUACGUCAGUUGCUCACUGACAUCUGAUGAAGUCAGAAAAUUGUACUGGGAAGGAGGAGCAGAGGCCCACGAGUCCACAGACAUCAUCUUCCUCAGCAGAACAGAGAUGUUGCAGCUGGACAGGAGCAGCGCUCUAUGGUCAGAGCUGUGUCCCUCAGCUAAAGGAGCUGUACUGCUUUAUCAGACAGUGAAACCUGAUGGAGAGCGAGACCGGAGCAGAUGACCUGACCCUCAGCUGAUCGCACCAGAAAACUAAUCCAGAUGAUCCAAUGUACAAACAUAAACUUUUCAUAAGUGCUCAGGGAUUUACUUACUUUUUUACUUUAAGCACUCUGUGACCAAUGCUUGUGUCAAAACUGGGCAAAAUUUUGUAUAUUUUUCAUAAUUUUUACACUGUACAGUAAAAACAGUUUUUAAAAAAUUUUAUGUUUUCAAUAAAAA